AAUGAGUUUGACAGAUGAUAGUAUUGAAUUUUUCUUAAGUGAGUAAACAAGACUUUCAAAAUAAUAUAACCAUUUUAUUAAACACGGUUUGAAACGAAAAACUAUAUGAAUGUUCUAUAUUUUUGUGUACGAUAAUAAGAAAUGCCUCAUGGAUUCAUAGAAAUAUUAUUUAGGCCUUAAAUUUGUUGUCAAACAAGUUUUAUAAAAUAUGUCAGAUCUAACUGAAGAGCCAGCUGAAGAAAUUGUGAUUAAAUGCGAAGUUAUUGAAAUAUCAGACGAGGAUGAUUCACAGGAAAUAAAAAAAAAGCGGCGGAAGCGUUUAACGUCAAAAGAGCCAAAGCCAUGUGAUAUUUGCGGUAAAAUUUUCCAAACUGGUUAUGAGUUGAAGAAACACAAACGGACACACACUGGGGAGAGGCCGUAUAUGUGCACAACUUGCGGGAAGACAUACACACAGCUCGGGCAUUUGAGUAUACACAGCUUGUCGCAUAAAGGUAUAAAGAAUUUCAAUUGCAACGCGUGCGGCUCGUCCUUCUACAGGAAGGCAGAUUUGGAUAGGCACGAAAAAAUACAUACAGGUGAGAAGCCAUACCAAUGCGAACUCUGCUCGAAAAGUUUCACCCAAAAAAAUAAUCUAGUUAUGCAUUUCAAAAUGCACAUCGGCGACAAACCGCACAAGUGCGACGUCUGCGACAAGAGGUUCCUGACGAGAUCAAAGAUGAUGUUGCAUUCUAAAAAACACGAAAAGGAGAAAAAGAAAAAGGAUUUUAUUAUGGAUUAGCUGUUUAAUAUAGAGUUUAGAUAGU